AUGCCCGUCGCCGAAGGAGCUCCGCAGACUCUGUACGACAAGGUGCUCGCUGCCCACAUUGUCGACGAGAAGCUUGACGGCACCAUCCUGCUCUUCAUUGACAGGCAUCUUGUUCACGAAGUCACCUCUCCUCAAGCUUUUGAGGGCCUCAAGAAUGCAGGGCGGAAAGUGAGAAGACCGGAUUGCACUCUUGCUACUACAGACCACAAUGUCCCCACCAAGUCCCGAAAAGGCAUCAAAGACAUUGCCAGCUUCAUCGAGCAGGACGACUCGCGACUGCAGUGCACCACCCUCGAGGAGAACGUGAAGGACUUUGGCGUCACCUACUUCGGUCUCGGCGACAGACGCCAGGGCAUCGUCCAUGUCAUCGGCCCCGAGCAAGGCUUCACCCUCCCGGGUACCACCCUGGUGUGCGGUGACAGCCACACUUCCACCCAUGGCGCCUUCGGGUGCUUUGCCGCCGGAAUUGGUACAAGUGAGGUCGAGCACGUCCUGGCUACCCAGUGCCUUAUCACAAAGAGGAACAAAAACAUGAGAAUACAAGUUGAAGGAGAGCUCGCCCCUGGAGUCAGCUCCAAGGAUGUGAUCCUCCACGCAAUAGGCCUGAUCGGUACUGCUGGUGGUACUGGUUGUGUCAUUGAGUUCUGCGGCUCAGUCAUCCGCAGCUUGAGUAUGGAGGCUCGCAUGUCUAUCUGCAACAUGUCCAUUGAGGGUGGUGCCAGAGCUGGUAUGGUGGCUCCUGACGAGAUUACCUUCGAAUACCUCAAAGGCAAGCCUUUGGCCCCUGCCCCUGACACCCCUGAGUGGGACCGGGCUGUUGCAUACUGGAAGAGCCUCCAGUCGGAUCCCGACGCGAAGUACGAUAUCGACGUCCAAAUCGACGCGAAGGACAUCAUCCCGACAGUGACUUGGGGUACCAGCCCCGAGGACGUCGUACCGAUUACCGGGUCGGUACCGGACCCCGAGACAUUCAAGACCGAGGCGAAGAAACAAGCAGGCCGGAGAAUGCUGGAAUACAUGGGCCUCACGGCUGGAACUCCCAUGCAAGACAUUGCCGUCGACAAGGUCUUCAUCGGCUCCUGUACAAACUCGCGUAUUGAGGACCUCCGGGCCGCCGCACAGGUCGUCAAGGGCAAGAAGAAGGCGGACAAUGUCAUGCGUGCCAUGAUCGUUCCUGGUUCCGGAAUAGUCAAGGAUCAAGCUGAAGUUGAAGGUCUUGACAAGGUCUUCUUGAAUGCUGGCUUCGAAUGGAGAGAAGCCGGUUGCAGUAUGUGCCUCGGCAUGAACCCAGAUAUUCUAUCGCCCAAGGAGCGAUGUGCAAGCACAAGCAACCGGAAUUUCGAGGGCAGGCAGGGUGCCCAGGGCCGAACACAUCUCAUGUCUCCGGUUAUGGCUGCUGCUGCGGCUAUUGUCGGCAAGCUCGCUGAUGUGCGGAACCUGACCGAGUACAAGGCGAGCCCGCACGUUGAGGCUUUCCAGUCUACUCCGUCAUCGGGAAAGCCUCACGUAGACGACAGUGCUAGCGUUGAAAGUGAUGACACGUCCGCCAAGGAGAGACUCACCGAUCAGCCUGAGGAUAGCUCUCCCAGUGCUAAGAAUUUAGUCACAGAAGCCGCUGGCUCGCCGGGUCAGCCGAAAUUCAUCGUCCACAAGGGUAUUGCCGCCCCCUUAGAUCGGCCGAACAUCGAUACCGAUGCUAUCAUCCCCAAGCAGUUUCUCAAGACCAUUAAGCGCACAGGUCUAGGCUCUGCUCUCUUCCACGCCUGGAGAUUCAACGAGGACGGAUCUCCAAACAAGGAUUUCGUUCUCAACCAGGAGCCAUAUACGAAGGCGAAGAUUCUCGUCGCUGGUGCCAAUUUUGGCUGUGGCAGCUCGCGAGAACACGCUCCUUGGGCUUUGAACGACUUCGGUAUCCGAUGCAUAAUCGCUCCCUCUUAUGCCGACAUCUUCUUCAACAACACCUUCAAGAACGGCAUGCUGCCCAUCGCCAUCACGAAUGAAAUCGAUAUGGAGAAGAUCACAGCGGAAGCCCGAGCAGGCAAGGAGAUCGAGGUUGACCUGCCGAACCAGGUCAUCCGCGACGCCAGUGGCAACGAGAUCUGCAAGUUCGAAGUCGAGGAAUUCCGGAAACACUGUUUGAUCAACGGUCUGGACGAUAUCGGUCUUACUCUGCAGCUCGAGGAUAAGAUCGUCGAGCACGAGAAGAAGAUCUCGGCCGACACACCGUGGGUGAAUGGCACAGGUUACCUGAGGAGGAAAGAUGGCAAGCUGGCCGUCAAGCCCGCCCCGGUGCCCAGCACGAAUCGUGGGCAGGAGAAGAAGGACCCCAUUGAGUGGUAA